AUCCAGAAGAUCUCCAUGUCCCAGGCGGUUUCGACGACACUGAGGGCCCUGUCCCAGCAUCAACUCCGGCAGAAGCAACUCAGUCAAGCCUGCAGCAGAGAAACAUGCAGUCAGAGUCUCAAGCCGAACCGCAGCGGGUACAGGACGCGAAUCUUGAAGGGACUCAAAUAGCACGACCGGGACCAUCUGGCUCUACCUCGGCUGUUUCUGGCAGUCUACCUGUCUCGGCCCAAGCAGGUAUCGAUGAAUCGGUGAUUGGAGAACGACAAGAGAAGAAGUAUAACCUCGACGACGAUAUGCAGCCAUCAACAGUUGCAGGGUCUGCCCUAGGCCGUGUUUCUGGAGACGAAUUGCAGUCUUUGCCAAAAAGCGAACAAGACGUCAACUUGGAAGAGACCGCAGCUGCUCGCCCGGGCGCAGAUUUGGAAAGUGAGAUGGCAAGGGAUGCUCCUGUAGGUGUUGGUAGCUCGUCCGCAGGAGCCUCAAUGCCAGGAGCAACAGGUCUAGGAAAUGGUAACCUGACAGUCGGGGAGCAGCUUGCAGGAGGUGCGGAAUACGUCAAAGAAGCUGCACAAAAUGCCGGUCAGGCGGCAUACGACCAGCUUCCUUCUGCUCAAACCGUCAAAGAGACGGUCCAGGACAAUGCUCAGUACGUGGCAAAUCAGCUGCCAAGCCAAGCACAGGUCCAGGAUACAGCAAUAAGUGCUGGUCGGACAGCGUAUGACCAGCUGCCGUCCACACAAGCGGUAAAAGAAACUGUACAGAGUGGAGCUCAAUAUGCGUCAGAGCAGAUGCCAAGCCAGGAGACUGUCCAGAAAUCGACGGAAAACGCAUACAACCAGCUGCCUUCGGCCCAGGCUGUCAAGGAGAACACUCAGUCCGGAGCACAAUACACAAAAGAGGCUGCCCAGAAUGCGGCUCAGUAUGCAUCAGAGACAUUACAGAGUGGCAGUCGACGGGCCUCAGAACAGCUUGGGACUGUUCCGGCUCUGCCGACAGACAACCGUACAGAGACUAUGCAGGCCGUGGCUGACGAGGUCAUGCUGGGAGAAUCUAGCCGCGAGAAUCUUCCGAAGACUCUUCCCCAGGCCGAGAUUUUGCAGCGCGAGAAGGAUCGAGGAACAUUAGACAGCGACGUUGGCGCACCGGAACGGGUCAUUGCCAGUCACCAGACAGCUCAAUCAGGCCUUCAAGCCGCUGGCAAUGCAGAAGCUGUUCAUGAAAAGAGUGAAGUUGAGAAAGAAUUGCUCCAGAACGUCGCUCCGGCACCAGCGAGUGCGGAGGGUAUUGCUGCUGGUGACGGCAUCAAAUCCACUGUCCCUGCUUCCGGAGCUAGAACCAAUAUGGUCGGAAAUUGGGGUGCUGAUGGUGCGUCUGCAACAAUCAAUGCUGAUGUGACUCCUGGAUCUACAUAUCCUGACGUCGGCACAUCACAACAACCACAGAGUGUGCAUGGACAUGGUAGCAUUCCAGCGGGCGGUGUGCACAAUGGAGUGAUUGGCCAUGGCUCUGGAGAGUUGCAGCCCUCUGCAGUACCGUCAGCAGCGGAAUCCGAGUUUAGCGCUACACGAGCUGCAGACGAUGUGGUCCAGCGUCUCAAUAUCGCAGAGCCAGAUCUUACUGCUGGCGUGCAUAAUGGCGUUGUUGGAGCAGGUUCUACGCAUGCGCCAUGAGCGGACAGUAAGUCUGCGUUACCUACAAGAACCAUAUUAGCAUAUCGUGGGAAUUAUGAGCAUUGAGUUGGGAUGUUGUAUGAGGAAGAGGCCUCGGAGCUAAGGACUUGAAGACAUUCGUAUUGCGUCUCUCAUUUAGAAUAUUUUAACGAGGGAAACGAUACUGUUCUUUGCGUUUGGGUUGAGAAUGCCAAGGCCGAGAAGCUCUACUAAGAUUUUACUAGCAAAUUAGCUAAAUCGUCCUCUUUCU